AUGGUUCAAUUCACUCGUGCCGACACGGGGAUGUCUGGCUUGCCUACUGAGGAAGCCGUAGCGGAUCGCAGAGCAGGCAGUCCCAUCCCCAACCGUGUAAGAAACGCCAUCGUCAUCGUCCUCGGCGAAUUCUGCGGAACCUUCAUGUUUCUUCUUCUCUCCUUCAUCGGUGCCCAGACUGCCCUUGUUACCAACAACCCUACCAAUUCUACUGCCCCCUUGGAGCCCUUUUCAUUGAUGUACAUUGCUGCUUCUUUCGGUACUGCUCUCGCCGUCAAUGUGUGGAUCUUCUAUCGUGUCAGCGGUGGCAUGUUCAACCCGGCUGUGACCCUCGGUCUGGUCCUCGUCGGUGCUGUACCACCUCUUCAUGCCCUUGCUAUUAUCCCUACACAACUCGUUGCCGCUAUCGCCGCUGCGGGAGUCACCGACGGUCUCCUCCCCGGACCCCUCCUCGUCACAAAUGCUCUCGGCAAUGGUACAAGCAUUGCUCAGGGUGUGUUCAUGGAGAUGUUCCUCACUGCCCAACUUGUCUUGACUGUUUACUUCCUUGCCGUUGAGAAGCACCGCAGCACACAUCUGGCCCCCAUCGGCAUUGGUAUCUCUGUCUUCAUCGCUCACAUCUGCCUGACAAACUGGACUGGCACAUCCAUCAACCCUGCUCGAUCCUUUGGCCCUUCGGUUGUCGCUGGUUUCCAUGGGUAUGAUUGGAUCUACUACCUUGGUCCCUUCAUGGGCUCUUUCCUGGCCUUCGGCUGCUACAAGAUCUUUAAGGUGCUCGAGUAUCAGACCGCCAACCCUGGUCAGGAUGAUGACGAUUUGGAGAGGGGUAGCAAGCAUCACUUCUUUGACCAUCACGAGAAGGAGCCCAUCGCUCACUCCCAGACCGACACUCUUGAGCCCAAGGACCAUGGUGCUGCCCCACGAAAUGAUAGCGUCAUUGAUGGUCAGAUGAGCCAUGCCUAA